ACAGGGAAGUGUUUAGACUGUCAGCUCUCGCUGCUCCCUCAACUCCAGCCAAGGACUCCAAACAACAGUGAAUUGACAGAAGGCUGAUAAGUGGGCACUAUUGAAGAGCAUUGAUCUCCAGCGCACACACUCGGGGUGGGGGAUCUUGUCCUUCUUUUCCAAGCAGCAGCUGGUCUCCGCAUACCAGGAAGUGUCCCAGAUUUCCCUUGUUUUGAGCAUGUAUCUGCAUCACAUGACCCGAUGACUGUAUAACCCAGUGACAAGAUAGUAUUCAGCUUUGUGCUUCCACUGGUGGUCACAAGUUUUCCCUUUAUAAUCUAAAUACGACCCAUUGUGUGCCCUUCUUGUUUCGAUGACAGACAGCGGUGACUUAUUUCAAGCAGCUGGCCAAGUCUUUUGGAAGCCACAAGAUCGUCUUGUCCCCUAUUUAGCAAGUAUCACAUUUUUGCAACUAAGGCAUAUCUGCGCCAAACCCAACGCAGACCUAUCUGAGGUCUUUUUGCCACCUUAAACCUUCCCUUUAUAUCUUUAUCUAAAACCUAUUAUAAAUAUUUUUGCUUGUGUUUUUUUUUUUUUUAAGCAAACUUUUGCAAGCAGCACAGUAUCUGUUUACUCGAAUGGCAUGCAAGACCUCAUUCUGAGCAUGGGUCGUGUUGUAGCUUAGGUGUACCGUUUUUUCGGGGUAAAAAAUGGUUGGGGGAGUUCUUAUGAGCAUUGUACUGGAAAACGAAAGGAUAAAUGGCUACGCCGCAGGGGAAUCCGUAACUGGACAGGUGGUUUUGCAGCUGCUGGAAGAUGUUCAAGUGUUAGGGCUUCACCUUCAUGCAGGUGGCGGAGCAUUCGUAUCCUUGACGGUGAAGAGAGAAGAAGAAUGGUUUGAAUGUCUCAACGAGGAGAUGGCCUUAAUGGCAACAUCCACAGGAGAAACCCAAUUGUUUACAGCUGGGAGCCACAAUCUUCCCUUUCAUUUUCGGCUUCCUGAUGGGCCACUGGUUACCUCUUUUUCUGGCAGAUAUGGCAGGGUACAUUAUGAACUCACGGCAGUUUUGGAAAGACCACUAUUGCCUGCUUACAGUGUCCACCGGGAGCUGCGGAUCACCAAUCGUAUAGAUGUCAACUCCCCACCGCUGCUGGCAUCGGUACAACGAUAUAAAGAGAAAAUGGUUGGCUGCUGGCUGUGCACCUCGGGACCAAUUUCUCUAAGUGCCAAAAUUGGGAGAAAAGGUUAUUGUAAUGGGGAGGCUAUACCGAUCUAUGCAGAAAUUGAAAAUGGGUCAUCGCGAUUAGUGGUUCCAAAAGCUGCUAUUUUCCAAAUUCAAAGUUUUAUAGUCGAUGGAAAGAUGAAACAACAUAGACAAAUGCUAGCCAGAGUGCGUGGGAAUCAUAUAGCAUCUGGAAGCACUGAAACCUGGAAUGGAAAAACUCUGAAAAUACCUCCAGUGACACCCACAAUUGUAGGCUGUCCUAUCAUCCAUGUGGAGUAUGUCCUCGCAGUCUACAUACACAUUCCUGGUGCAAAAAAGUUAAUGGUGGAACUACCUCUAGUUAUCGGUACUGUCCCAUUUAAUGGAUUCUUGUACAGGAAUUCAAGUGCUGCCAAUCAGUUUACUGUAGACAUGAGCUGGCUUGCCUUAACACUGCCAGAGCAACCAGAAGCACCACCAAAUUAUGCCGAUAUCGUGUCAGAAGAAGAGCUUUCUUGGACAGCCCCUAUAGCCACUGACCAAAGUGAUUUAAUUGAAGGACUUAACUUUCCACCAUUUACUGUAAUCCAGGAGUUCAGGUUCCAACCUCCACCACUGUAUUCUGAGGUAGAUCCCCAUCCCAACAACGACUCAACAGAACAGAGAACUGCCUCAUUCAUCCUGGAGGAAUGAAACCAUACUUCUAAAUCCUGUAAUAUCAAUAAAGAGUUUACAUUUAAUGUGAUGCAUCAUCCCAAGAACAAGGAACAUGCUUUUUAUACAACAUGUAUUAGAUGUUCCCUCCAAAAUUGUCAAAGUUCCUUGUUCCACAAGUGCUUGAUCAUCUUAAUUAGGUCUAUAAAAAAAAAAAAAAAUCAAUGCAAGUUGGUUACAUAAGUGCGACAGAAUGGGUAGCCACUCCAGAAAUCCUAUUCAUAGACCUCUAACUAUGUUAAAGUUGAUUUACAGGUAGCAGUAGAAAAGGUGCUGUAUUGGGUAGUAGCAGAUGCUGUGCCUAUCAGGGAAAGUAUAGCAUACAGCAUCUGACCUGCUAUAAGGGAAAAAGUGUAACAUGUCUACAGUCUUUUGGGAUUUAUUGCAUUGUUUUUUGUUUCGUUUUGGUACUUUUUUUUGUUUCUGUACAUUUUUACCUGUUGUCACUGUUGUUAAUGAGUUAAAGUGAAGUGCCAUCUUUAGCCAAGUAUUGGCAAAAUAGUCAACAAAAUGUAUAACUGGAUUUAGAAAAUGUUCUUUAAGCAGCCAGUGUAAAUGUAAAUGCUGUAGACCAGGCUUUUACUGGCCUUGCACUAGAGUUUGACAAGUGUAUGUAAAUCAGUAAGAGUGUGCACAAACUAUUAUAUAAUCCUGCUACAAGCCACACAGGCCUCAUUUGUCCAUAUGAAAAUAUGGCUGUGUCCAUUGCCUUUUUUGUUUUUACAUUUAAGUUUUAGAAAAUUCAGUAUUUUGAAGUUGAUUCAAACUUGGCACCAUUACUUACUAAUUGUUUUGCAAAUACUGGACAGGUUGCCAUCUAGAGACCUCCUUUCUCAUCAGCUACAGAGUCUCUUGCAUACUCUGCUGUGCAUGGUGCCGCUCAACCAGCUGCCUCUAAGCUUCUUCUACAUAGGCAGAGAAAAGGAUUUAUUAGACUGGUUUGGUUCGUCCAUGUAGGCAGAGGGAACUGGAUAAUGAUGGCUGCUGGUGGCCCCCUGAAGAUGCAUAAACUAGUGUAAAUCUCAGGGGGUCACUGCUGUGUCAUGUGACAGAGGGACACCAGCUGAAGGCAUGGAUUUUCAAGUAUA